AUGGGCGCCACGCUCGAGUCCCCGAUCACGAAGCUCUCCAAGGAGGAAAAGGCGGCCAAGAAGGCAGCCAAGGCGGAGAAGCUGGCGAAGAAGGAGGCCAAGAUUGCAGCCAAGCUGGCCGCAAAGGACGUGGCCGCAGAGCCGCCGGAGCCGGUCGAUGAGGAGGUUGAGCAGGCUGAUGUGGAGGAAAACGAGGUGGAGGAGGCGGCGGACGACGGCUUCAAGGUGCACAAGUACGUGCCGCCGCCUGAGCCGGAGGACGAAACGCUGCAGUGCCGCGAUUGUGGCGGCGACUUCAUCUUCACUGUCGGCGAGCAGGAGUUCUUCAAGUCGAAGGGCUUCGACAACAAGAAGACGCGCUGCGCCGAGGCCAUCGCUCGUCGGAAUGUACUAAGCCUCGCGCGGAAGGUGGCAAGGGCGGUGGCGGCGGCAUGGCCUGCACUGCCCUCCUCGCUUGUCUUUGUGCCGUUUGAGUGUACCACCUUCGUAACGGUGUAA